CUGGGGAGAGCGGAUAUAGUGAAUGCGGGGUCCGGGAGAGCAGAUAUAGUGAAUACGCGGGGGUCCAGGGAGAGCAGAUAUAGUGAAUGCAGGGUCCGGGAGAGCGGAUAUAGUGAAUGCAGGGUCCGGGGAGAGCGGAUAUAGUGAAUGCGGGGUCCGGGGAGAGCGGAUAUAGGGAAUGCGGGGACCGGGGAGAGCGGAUAUAGUGAAUGCGGGGUCCGGGGAGAGCGGAUAUAGUGAAUGCGGGGUCCGGGGGAGAGCGGAUAUAGUGAAUGCGGGGUCCGGGGAGAGCGGAUAUAGUGAAUGCGGGGUCCGGGGA